AGCAAAGAAGUCACAGCUACAUCUCGCCACGUGUAUAGCAAGCCACGCCGACACAAUGGUCAACGCGUCGUUAGCAUUACGUUCGUAUCAGAAAAUGUGUUUUAAUAAUAUCGGUUAUAUUUGGAGAUUUUCGUGAUCGUAUAGAAAUUUGUUUCUAUCUUUGUAGAACACGCCACUUCUUGCAUCCGAAAUAUAUUUUUAAAUGUUUUCAAAUGUUUUCAAAUUACGUGUGUUGCGAGCACAUUCGCGACUUCAAAUUUCUGCAAGUUCGAACGUUUCGUUUUAAUUUAAUGCAAAUUGACGGGGGACGUUUCUUUUCCAGUUUAUCCCACGUUGCUCUCAACGUUGUCGCACAGCAAUUACACGAUCUUCCCGAACGAGGAAGGAAGGCCGCAUCUGAUUCUACUCGACUACACACCGCUGUCUACGAGCGAGCUGAACACUUUGUCAACAGAUCUCAACACGAUCGAUUUCACACUUUUCACACGGUAUAAUCCUAAAAACGGCCAGGCUCUGAUACUGAACGACGUGAAUUCUGUUCGAAAUAGUGAUUGGGACGCGAAGAAACCAACCAUCAUAGUCACUCACGGUUGGACUUCUAGCGGCACGUCAGAAUCUUGCACUCUCGUUCGCGAUGCUUUCAUCAAGGUGUGGAACUGCAAUGUCAUCGUGGUCGAUUGGAAUAAAAUAGCGGACGACGUGAUUUAUUCUCGCGUUGCGAAGAGCGUACCAUCUGUCGCCAACCACGUGGCCGCUUUCGUGAAUUUCCUGCGUUCAAAGGCAGGUUUGAAAACGACCAACCUGAAGAUUGUCGGACACUCUCUCGGUGCUCAUGUCGCCGGUUUGAGCGCCAGACAAGUAGGCAAUGUCGCGGAAGUUAUCGCUCUCGAUCCAGCCAAGCCAAUGUUCGAAAACAAAGGGCCGGGUAGCAGAGUUGACAAAUCGGACGCACAGAACGUUCAAGCUGUUCACACAUGCGCUGGAUUGCUAGGUUUGGAUAUCUCUAUCGGUACCUCCGACUUCUUCGCCAACGACGGGAGGUAUCAACCGGGAUGCACAAACGACAUGUUCGGCUCUUGCGCGCAUGGACGCAGUUACCAAUACUACAGUGAGUCGGUGACGAAUUCGAAAGGUUUCCUAGGUACAGCUGAGAAUGGUGCAAAGGCGUACAUGGGUGGCCCUACCGUCGAUCCAAAAGCUAAAGGAACCUACAACUUCAAAACUAGAAAUAGUUCACCCUUCGCCCUUGGGUAAAAUUAUGCUACGCAUAAGCUUGAGUGUGUGAAAUACUUGUUCACAUUGAGAAAUAAAUGAUUUAUUUAUUAC